AUGGCUCUAUUCCUAUGGACGGAGAAACAGAUGGGUUGUCAUGUGAAAGUAAUUUCUCUGUUUUUGCUUGCAUAUUAUCUGACAACAAGCAAUGCAGUCCAUGAAGACUCCAUCCGAUGCAUAACCAUCCGCCCAACAACAUGCAUUCGCUCCUCACAAUACAUCCACACCCCAGACUCCCCUCUAUACUCAACCAUGCUUCAAUCUUCUCAGCAAAAUCCCCGAUGGCUCAAUUCCACAUCACCAAAGCCUCUAGCCAUCAUCACGCCCUAUGCCGAAUCCCAAAUCCAGGCAACAAUUCUCUGCAGCCGGAAGCACGGUUUCCAAAUCAGGGUCAGAAGCGGUGGCCACGACUAUGAAGGCCUGUCCUUCCUCUGCAACACUCCUUUCGUCCUAGUCGACCUCAUCAAUCUCAGGCAAGAGAAAAACUCUUAG